CCGCCGCGACCCCGCGGCCGGGAGGGUGUCAGCGCUGGGAGCGGGUGGGCGAGCGAGCGCAGCCGGGCGGAACGUGGCAAUGGCCGCGCUGGGUCUGGCAGCAGCGGCUCGGCUCAACGGCUGCGCGCUGAGGGCGGCGGAGGGCCGCGGGUUGAGGUGGGGCAACGGCCGGUGGCGCGCGGCGUUGGCAGUUCGUUCCCCUCUUAGUGUCGGGGGUAACGAGAAGUGCCGGGCUUUGCUGGUGGAAGGACACGCAGCGGGGUUGUCUGCUGCAGGUGUGCAUGGAGCAAUCAACUCAGGAAUGACAGUGUGACGUAGUUCAGGUUAGUGCAGAGAUGGUGGUUCUUAAGGAGAGACAGUGCAGGAGCUGAAAAUAGCAGCACUCCGCCUGAGAAGCAGUUGUGAAAAAUGAAUGGCCCAGAAUGAGAGCUGUGAUGGACAGUCACCAGGCAGAAGUUCAGAGUUUGAAGCUAGAUAAUGAUUCAGUUAUAGAAGGAAUAAGUGACCAGGUACUGGUGGCAGUUGUGCUCAGUUUCACUUUCAUUGCUGCUCUGAUAUAUACGCUUUUAAGAAAUGCACAUCAGAACAUUCAUCCAGAAAAUCAAGAGCUAGUACGAGCUCUUCGGCAGCAGCUUCAAACUGAGCAGCAGGAUGCUUCUACUGGUGACAGGCAUCGUUUCUAUACAGACAUGUCUUGUCCAGUCUGUUUGCAGCAAGCUACGUUUCCUAUAGAAACAAACUGUGGGCAUCUCUUCUGUGGUUCCUGCAUUAUUGCAUACUGGAGGUAUGGAUUGUGGCUUGGUGCCAUCCGUUGUCCAAUUUGCAGACAAACGGUGACGUUGUUUUUACCACUCUUCAGUGAGGACCAGCAGGGUGCAACACAAGUAUUACAAGAUGUUAAUGAUUACAAUCGGAGAUUCUCAGGACAACCCAGAUCUAUUAUGGAAAGAAUUAUGGAUCUGCCCACUCUGCUGCGGCAUGCAUUCAGGGAGAUGUUUUCUGUUGGAGACCUCUUCUGGAUCUUUCGUAUCAGAAUAUUCCUCUGUUUGUUUGGAGCCUUUCUCUACCUGGCAUCGCCUCUGGAUUUUCUUCCUGAAGCUCUUUUUGGAAUUCUGGGAUUCUUGGAUGAUUUCUUUGUCAUUUUUCUUCUGCUGAUACAUAUUUCCAUCAUGUACCGAGAAGUGGUAACCCAGCGGCUGAAUAGAUGAAAUGGCUGAAAGUCACCCAGUCACAGAGAUGGAAUGUUUCAAAAGGAGAACCAUAAAUUUGGAAUAGCAAGGUGCCACUGUACAGUUUCAGUAGUUGUAAUUCCAUAGCUUCUAGUUGAUUAUCUUAUACCAAUAUGGAAGGUUGGUGUGUGGUGAUGCUUAACUGGAAUCUUUAACUUUUGUAUUACAUACGCUUCAUAACGAUGAGGUCAGUUUUGUAGUGUAAUGAACUACCUUCAUCUGCUUAAACCUAACAAACAAUUGUAUGUGAUCAAAGCAGAAAACACCUCUUUUGGAGUGAUUUGUGAAAAAGGGGUUCUAGUAAAGGACUUAAAGGAUAAAAAUAUAUGUUUGGUACUCUAGAUGUGAGGAAAUAAAUUCAAAACUUUGCAGGACAGUCAUUGAUACAUUUAAUGUCUCACUGUUGUGAGCUUUUAAAUAAAAGUAGCUUUGUGUAUCUCUGUGGAAGAAAUCAAAUGACUGCAGUACCAUUUCCACCCUGCAGUUUGCUGCUGUCCACUUGCUUCACAGCAACAAGGGGGAACACCUCAGUAUUGCUCGAGCUGCACUAUGUACGGUUGCAUGCAAUUCGUACAGUUUUAUUUUUAUACUUUAUAAUAAUGCACUCACCAUAUGAUCUACAAGGAGAAACCUACGUUAUGCACGCCAGAGACUGGCUAGUGCUCUGUUUUGUAAUGGGAGCAUGGGUUGUUUUUUUUCCUCUGAAGGUUGUUUAUUUAGCAGGUAUGUACCUUGAAGGUGGGUUUUUUUUUAAUGCAGCUUUAGGUCAGUGUAGUGUUUCUUCAUUGGACAUUUGCAUGCCUUUAGCUGCAUCAAGUAUUUAGGCAAUAGAAAGAACCCUCAGAUUUUAGACAGUGAUUAUAGAAGUCAGAACUGGAUGUUUACACUACAGAACUUUACCAGAUUGUUCAUUUUCAACAUGAAUAUUAAACAACUUAGAUAUGAGGGCGUUUGAUUUUCCCUUGGGGUUUUCUUGCUUGAUUGACUGAUUGAUUUCAAUGUGGAUAGAGGGUAUUUUGAAUUAACUUGAAAAAGACUAUUGAGGAGGGACCACAAACAAAAAAAACUCCUGAAAAUGUUUUCCAAAUGGCUGGGCUACUGAUGAUCCCUAAAGGUUGUUGUGGGGGUUUUUUGGGGGGGUAAGAAGGGUGAGGGAGGAGUAGAGAGAGGUUUUGGUGGUGGUGGGUUUUUUGCUUUAACUUUUUUAUUAUUUUUUCUUAGGGGGGGCUGUUUUUUUUCUGUUUUUCUGUUGAAUUUCAGUAUAGGCUGUCAGAGCUACAGAAUUCAUUUGAAAAUAUUUUCAUUUUAUGAAAGGGACUGCCACUAGAAAGCUCAAGAAUGUUUUGUUUCUAUGUACAUUUUAGUUAGAAAACUUAGGACAGAUAAUUAGUUAGGAAAGAUAAUUGUCAUUUUACUUAGACUUCCUGAGUACUUGAAAGACUGUGACAAGACAGGUGAUUCUUUGCAUGUUUACGUAAUGUUCUAUGACACUUAAAAUGAAAGGGACCUUUCCACAGCUUCUCUGUGUUGCCCAUGACACGUGUUCUUGUGAGUUGCCACCUUUCCACAGCUUCUAGUACGUAGGCGGAAGGAGCUGGGGCUGUUCAUCAUGGAGAAGGUUCCAGGGAGAGCUUAUAGUGGCUUUCCAGUAUCCAGAGGGGUCUGAAAGAAAGAAGGGGACAGACUCUUCAGCAGAGUCUGCAGUGAUAGCACGAGGGGAAAUGGUUUCAAACUAAAAGAGGAGAUAUUUAGACUGGUCAUAAGGAAGAAGUAUUUUACAAUAAGGGUGAUGAGGCACUGGCACAGGCUGCCCCUGUUUAAAGCCCCAUUCCUUGAGACACUCAAGGUCAGGCUGGAUGGGACUCUGAGCACCUGAUGUAGGUGUCCUCACUCACUGCAGAGGGGCUGGACCAGAUGGCCUUAAGGGUCCCUUCCUACUCAAGAAGAUGACAAAACCGACAUCUGAAGUAUCAUUCUGUGGCUGAUACUGGCAAUGAUCCCUCAGUAUUUUUUGGAAGUAAAUUCACUAAUUCUUCACUUGAAAAUUUGGUGUUGAAAGUCCAACGAUAUUUUAGAAAUGAACUGGAAGGCUGAGUUUUUCCCUGUUGCUGUGUUUAUCGCAGAAGGGCAGGAAGAGAAACAGGAAGUGAAACAAGGGUAGGAGGAGGAGAGCAGGACAGAAAAUGACAUUUUCGUAAGCAGCGACUGUUGGUUUUGGCAGACCAGCAGUUCUUGAGCAUCCUAGCUGAGCUUUUCUCUGUUUGGUGUUAUUGUAUGGUGGUGGUUUAGUGGCUACCUCAGUUAAGUCUUCAAGGUAUUACUGAGUAAGUGUGGGAUAUUCAUAAACUUAGGUAAAGCAAGGUAAUAAAUUAGAAUGUUAGAUAAAGCAGGAUUUUGUAGUUUUGCUAUAAGCAAUAAUUCUUUUGUUGUUGUUUUCCCCAAGAUAUCCAGCUGAGUGCAAACUCUAGAAAGUAUUUUUAGUCAAUUUAACACCUCUGGAGUUUAGCUUGUGGGUCUACCUAGAGAAUCAAGUGAGCUGCUGCUGUAGGACAACUGUAGUCUUUUCAUAGAAUCUGUCAAUCUGAUACCUCCCACACAUGUUUAUCCUUUUAUUGUGGUUAUACUUUUUGCCAUGACUCUCUAAAUCUAGAGUGGAUAAAGAUGCAUGUGAAACUGCUUAGUGAUUUGUUUUCAUUGAGCUCCCUAAUCCCACCUGAUACUGUGAAGAAGUUCAUGCAGAAAUAACCUAAGGAACCUGCUCCUGAAGAGCAGACCUUUUGUACCUGAAAGCACGUACGUGCCACAUCCACAAAGCUGCAUAAAGUUUACCUGUAUUCUGCUAGCCAGAAUGAUUUCACUUGGAGUCCUCUGCUUACUUUUGAGUGUUGAGUAACAUCGUAAGCUUUAACCCAGCACAGUAAACACUUGACAGAAUUAAGAUAAUCUUUUCUGUCUUUUCACCAAUGUGUGCUUUUUUUGUUGUUGUUGUUGUUUUUUGUUUUGGUUCUCCAAGAUACUUUGGGAACAGUAUUAUGACUUGCUCAGGCUUCUCUUGUUUUGAACAGCUGCAAUGUGAAGAUGCAGCUGACCAGCAGUGCAUGGCUGCUGCUCCUCCUGAAGGAGGCAAAUCUGAACUAGCUCUAGGUUAACUAUCUUGGGUGCUGCUAUCAUAUUGAGCUUCAUCGAAGCUGUAGAGCUCCCAAGAAGCUGGAGGUAAAAACAUGGCCAUUUAAUAUUCCUUAAGUAUAUACUGCCAAGUUAUUCUGGUAGUAAUGUUCAGCGUAAGUGAGCACUAGCUUCAGAAUGUGAAAUAAAUACAUGAUGCUUUGAGGGGAGCAAACAUUGCUGCAGUUUUGUUGUGUGGAACGGGACAACCGUGUCACUAAGUAAGAAAGGGAAAAAGGCUUUGGUAGAAAAGAAGCAAUAUGGGGGGAAAUAGAGUUCUUAAAAGAUUCUUAAGGCUUCACCAAAAUCUGGGAAAUAUUUCAGCAGUAUUAACAAAUAGGAAAAGUUGCGUCUCAGAAUUCUUGCAGAAUAACUUGUAGCAUCUUGAGGCCUAAUGAUAACCCUUAUCACAAGCACUGUAUAAUGCAGUCUGUUUCUAUGUUGUUUGUGACUCGCACCAUUGAUGCCUAUGAGGAUAGGGCAGAGUGGUGUAAUUUGGGGAUGCGAUUUUGCAAUAGGUUUCGUAGAACUGUAACAGAGACCUGUAUGUUACUCUAGAUUUUUAAGACAAAAAGAUUUAAACCUACUUCUUGUUACUUUUAAUGAUAAUAAAUUGCUAUUAAAGAGAUUCUCUUGGUUUAUUUUA